CCCCGUCGUCCAGUACCAUCCCUACCUCCUCCCCCCUCAGUGGAUUAUCAGCGAUGUGUCGGUGGUUCGCGUACAUCUCCAACACCGAGCCCACGCUGCUCGAAGACGUGCUCAUCGAGCCUGCGCAUGCCCUCGCGAAGCAGGUUCAUGAUCACUACCUGCCGGGGCUCGCGCAUUACGAGCCUGAUUCCGACAAAAAGUCUACCGAGGCGGAGAUCGACAUGCGCAACCGCAUGUUCAACGCUGACGGGCUGGGAAUGGCGUGGUACUCCAAUACCCGCUGCGAAUUCGGCGAAUGCGACGGGAUCCGGCCGACGAUCUACAAAGUCCUCUCCCAGCCGACGACCGACCCCGUCUUCACCUCUCUCUGCGCCAACACCGCCUCCACGACGCUCUUCGCGCACAUUCGCGCCGCCUCGCCGGGCUCGCCGAUCCACAUCUACAACGCACACCCGUUCACGUUCGGGCGGCACACGUUCAUGCACAACGGCGGCGUGACGGGGUUCGACAGCAUCCGGCGCGAGGUGCUCGCGGAGAUGAGCGAGGACGCGGCCAAGGCGAUGCGCGGCACGAGCGACUCGGAGCACGUCGCGGCACUGUUCUUCACGUACCUCGCCGAGCGCCGCGGGCCGGACGUGUGGGACCAGCGCCACCCCCUCGAGGAGGUCAAGGCGGCGCUCGAGAGGGCCGUGCAGAAGAUUAUCGAUAUACAGAAGGAGGUACUGCCGAAGAAGGGAGUGGAGUAUGGCGCAUCGAGCUUGAACAUCGCCAUCACGGACGGCGAGCAGCUGCUCACCAUCCGCUUCCGCAACAGCGCGACCGAGCACCCGCCGUCGCUGUACCUGUCCACCACCGCUGGUGUCACGCUCAACAGGAAGUACCCGGGGCACCCUGACAAGGAGGUGAACAAUGUGGCGAAUAGGAAGAAGGCAGAGGAGCAUGGAGACCAUGUUAUCGUUGCAAGUGAGCCGACGACGUACCAGAAACACCAGUGGGAGCUCAUCCAAAAGAAUGAGUGCAUCAUGGUUGGUACUGACAUGGUUGUCAAGAAAGCUCCUGUGAAUGUCACAUUCUAGUCAUAGUCAUAUGUGUCCCCUGUCUUGCUCUCAUUUCUGGAAUUCUGUACCAUAGUUGCAUUCAUCCGAUUAGCACCUUCUGGGUGUAUAGAUUCCUGUUUGUAAAAUACUACCAAUGGUGG